UCAUGCUCGCCUUUGUGGCCGACUCGAGCCUUCGCACACAGAACAACUUCUUUCUGCUCAACCUCGCCAUCUCCGACUUCCUCGGGCUUUCUGCAUCCCACUGUACGUGCCCUACGUGCUGACUGGCCGCUGGCCCUUUGGCCGGGGCCUCUGUAAGCUGUGGCUGGUGGUGGACUACCUGCUCUGCACCUCGUCCGUCUUCAACAUUGUCCUCAUCAGCUAUGACCGCUUCCUGUCGGUCACCCGAGCCGUCUCCUACCGGGCGCAGCAGGGUGACACGCGGCGGGCAGUGUGGAAGAUGGUGCUGGUGUGGGUGCUGGCCUUCCUGCUGUAUGGCCCGGCCAUCCUCAGCUGGGAGUACCUGUCAGGGGGCAGCUCCAUCCCCGAGGGUCACUGCUAUGCUGAGUUCUUCUACAACUGGUACUUUCUCAUCACGGCCUCCACCCUUGAGUUCUUCACACCCUUCCUGAGUGUCACCUUCUUCAACCUGAGCAUCUACCUGAACAUCCAGAGGCGCACACGCGUCCGGCUGGAUGGGGCGCGUGAGGUGGCGGGCUCGGAGCCCAUGCCCGAGGCCCAGCCCUCUCCACUGCCCGCCGCCUCCGGCUGCUGGGGCUGCUGGCAGAAGGGGUGCGGGGAAGCCGUGCCGCUGCAUCAGCAUGGGUCUGGGGUCAGUGAGGUGGCCCCAGGCACUGAGGCUGGGGAGGUGGCCCUCGGGGGUGGCAGCGGUGGGGGUGCUGUGGCCUCACCCACCUCCAGCUCCGGCAGCUCCUCGAGGGGCACCGAGCGGCCCCGCUCGCUCAAGAGGGGCUCCAAGCCAUCUGCGUCCUCAGGAUCCCUGGAGAAGCGCAUGAAGAUGGUGUCCCAGAGCAUCACCCAGCGCUUCCGGCUCUCGCGGGACAAGAAGGUGGCCAAGUCACUGGCAGUCAUCGUGAGCAUCUUUGGGCUCUGCUGGGCCCCGUACACUCUCCUGAUGAUCAUCCGGGCCGCCUGCCAUGGCCACUGCAUCCCUGACUACUGGUACGAGACGUCCUUCUGGCUGCUGUGGGCCAACUCGGCCGUCAACCCUGUCCUCUAUCCGCUGUGCCACCACAGCUUCCGCCGAGCCUUCGCCAAGCUGCUCUGCCCCCAGAAGCUCAAGCUCCAGCCCCACAGCUCCCUGGAGCACUGCUGGAAGUGAGCUGGCCCCCUCUGGCCCCGCCCCCACCACCGGGCCCCGGGUUCCCGGGCAGCUGGGCCAUGCCCCGCUCCACCUGGCCACCCCCCAGGUGUGAGCCACGCCUUGUCUUUGGCCCACCCUAAAUGCCAUGGCAGCCUCUCAGACCAUCUGCCAGCAGCUGAGGCAGCUUGGUGGCCUCACUGGAAGAGCCCUUGCUGCCUGAACGGGAACGUGGCCACCCAAACCCCGCUCCACCCCAGGGGAGACAACCCAGAGGUCCCAGCCUCUCUGACUGUCCCCCAGACAGCGUGAUGACCAGUGAUGUCCCCCUUCACACAGUUACUGCUCAGUGUUCUUCCCAAAGCAAGCACUGGUGUGUGCUCCAGGCCUCCUGAGCUGGCGCUCUGCCCCUGCACCAGCACACACCUGCACACCUUCCUGGUGCCAGACAAGCCCCGGCCACUCCUUCACUGCGGCCUGUCCCCUGCUUAAAUCUGGGCCUGGAUCCUUCAUCCCUCUCCGCUCCCACUUUCGCUACUCCCAAAGUGCCAGGUGCCCCCCAGGAACCGCAAGGCAGUUCUCUGCUUCUCCAUUUUGGGUGUUUCAAGAAGACGGAGAAGAAAACACAUCCGUGAACUUGCUGUUCCUUGGAUGUUUAAUCAAGAGAGACAAAAUUGCUGAGGAGCUCGGGGCUGGAUUGGCAGGUGUGGGCUCCCACGCCCUCCUCCUCUGUGCUGCCGCUUCCGGCUGAGCUGUGCCAGCUGCUUCUGCCCACCCGCCCCAGCUCGGGGUGUGUUGGGCCCCGACUGGCAGCUCUGAGCGUGGCCAGAGCUCCGGACGCCUGCUUGUCCAGAGGCCACCCCUCCCACUCCAUCUACUCAACCAGAGUCUCCUGGGGUUGGGGGUCCUGAGGCUCGCAGGGGCCAUCAGAGGAGGCCAGGGCCCAGCAGAGGGGCCGCCUCGCCACCCCCCACACCUGCUUGGCGCUCUGCAUGCUCUUCUCCCCGUGCACCUGUGGCGCUGCCCCUGUGGACCCCGAGGCCCACAGUAAAGUGUAUUUUCUUACUGGUGCUGAUCCC